AUGAGCAUGAUGCUUGCUAGUGCUGCGAGGGAGAUCUACCGGGCCAAACUCUAUGACAUGGAGACUACCCUUGAUCUUCUGCCGAACACUGAUCAAUCAGAUAUGGACGGCAGGGUGCAUUACGGUCGGGCCUUAUCAAGUCUGAGGGAGGCUCUCAAACAGGAGGUGAAAUCUCCCCAGCAGAUUGAGGCCAUAUUCAUCACCCUCUGGUUAAUGAUAGACUACGAGAAUCGCUUUGGCAGUGGUGCAUCCGCCAUUAAUAUCCAUAUUCGGGGAAUUGAAACGCUUCUCCACAACCACAUUGUUCCUUUGCUUCAGUCCCACUCGCGCCCGGGUGCCAUCCUUGACAGCCAGGACCCCUUACAGCGCCCGGAGGCCCACUCAAAUCCUACGAGGAUCGGUGAAUAUGCAAUUGAUUCAGAGGCCGCUACUCUUACUCCACCCUCAGGAUCCACACAUGGACUUGGUGGCACAUGUGUCCCCCUUUACCUUCUUUGGACACUUUAUUUCUUUACGCCCGCAGCUCUUUUCUUCGGCUCAGGAACUGCAAAGCUAGACACUGAUAUUUUUCGAUUUUUCUUGAAGUCUGAAACCGGAAAUACUGCCCUCAGUCUCCCUGAACUUUAUCGGUUGAGUAGGCAGUCCCCCUCACGCUUUUGGGGUGAUGGGUAUCCUAUGUCGUCCCAGCUUGAUGAUUUGGAGAAUCUUCCGGGUUUGACACUCUACCACCGUAGUCAUGUGGUUCAGUUCAAAAUCACGGAGAUGUUCAGACAUAGUGCAGGCCCAGAUAUAGACUUUGGCGAAGGCUCGCCUUACCAAAAGAUCGUUAAAGAGAUCAACACAUUGUCUAUUGAAUAUGACACUGUCCUAGCAUUAGCGAAUAGAUCCACCUCCUGCGACGUCGCUGGCGACCGUCGCGUGAUGGAGACUGUGUUUUGGUCUGCUAUUACAUUCUACGGCACUAUUGUCUAUUUCCACCUCUGCUUUGAGGAUGCUCUGAACAACCAGCCAGACUUCCAAAUAAAUCAGCAUAACAUGAUUCCAUUGACCACCGCGGUUUCCUUGGUGCUCGACUUGAGUUUGAAGGUGCAUCGAAGCCGGCCACGCCUCUUGGUACGGAUAACAUGGCCAUUGUUCAUCGCGGGGAUUGCAACCUCGGACCGAAUCUAUCAAGAUUGGGUGUCUAUUCGAUUACGGGAGCUCGGUAGAUACGGUCAAAAUUACGAACGGAUCAGUCGUCGGUUCGAUGAAAUCAGCCAAGGAGGUCAGUCAUAUUUUCACGACAAAAGAGGACAUUAUUACAUAGGCACCUAG